GAAUUGCAAUCCUUCCUAAUCUUCCCACGCCUUUUCGCUUCAUUUCCUAAUCUGAUCGCCGCGCUUUUUGGACACGCCAAAACACCUUCCAUGUUCUGAACUUGCAAUCCUUCCUAAUCCUCGAUACAAGUCUUCCUCCUCUUCACCCAUCCCAUCUAUAUAUAAACGCACUCGCCACAAAAAGACUCAGCACGAGACGAGAGCAAGCCAAGCACGAGACUCACAAGGACCAACAGAAAGAGCCAGCACACCAUCGCAGCGCGGGCAGGCGACGCAAGAAACAGAGGGGAAGAGAUGACGGUGGUCGUGAGCGGGAACUGGACGCGGGUGCGGACGCUGGGCCGCGGGGCGUCCGGGGCGGAGGUCUUUUUGGCGGCGGACGAGGUGUCCGGGGAGCUGUUCGCGGUCAAGUCCUCGGCGGCGGCGGGCGCGGAGAUGCUGAGGCGGGAGCAGGAGGCGAUGUCCAACCUCCGCUCGCCGCACGUCGUCCCCUGCAUCGGCGGACGCGGGGCCCGGGACGGGUCGUACCAGCUCUUCCUUGAGUUCGCGCCCGGCGGGUCGCUCGCCGACGAGGUCGCGAGGAAUGGAGGGCGGCUCGAGGAGCGCGACGUCCGCCGGUACGCGGCCGACGUGGCCAGGGGGCUCGCGUACGUCCACGGGACGGGGCUAGUGCACGGGGACGUCAAGGCGAGGAACGUCGUCAUCGGCGCCGACGGCCGGGCCAAGCUCGCGGACUUCGGGUGCGCGAGGAUGGUGGCGGGUUCUGCCAGGCCGUUCGGCGGCACGCCGGCAUUCAUGGCGCCCGAGGUGGCCCGCGGGGAGGAACAGGGCCCCGCGGCCGACGUCUGGGCGCUGGGAUGCACCGUCAUCGAGAUGGCCACCGGGCGCGCCCCGUGGAGCGACGUGGACGACGUGCUCGCUGCGGUGCACCGGAUCGGGUACACGGACGCCGUCCCCGAGGUUCCCCCAUGGCUGUCCGCGGAGGCCAAGGACUUCUUGGUCCGGUGCUUGGCAAGGCGCCCAAGUCACCGGUCCACGGCGGCACAGCUGCUCGAGCACCCAUUCGUUGCCUCCGCCGACGGUUGCGACGCGAAGCUGGAAGUCGCCAAGGGCAAAUGGGUGUCUCCCAAGAGCACGCUGGACGCGGCAUUAUGGGAGUCCGACACCGACGACGAGGACGACGACGUGUCACAGAGCACGGCCGAGAGGAUCAAGGCGUUGGCUUGCCCUACCUCAGCGCUGCCGGACUGGGACUCCGACGACGGCUGGAUCGAUGUGGUCUCCACGCCAAAUCAAGCAUCCAACGCAGCGGCCGUGCCGGUCGAGGAUACGACUGGCGCCGACGGCGGUGUCAGAAGCGACGACGAAGUGAGCGCCGAGGUCGAGCCCCUCGACAUUGACGUGGACAGUGGCGAUAGCGCCCACAAUGCAGGAGAAACCGAUGCUUCACCUGAACACGAGAGGCAUCUGCGUGCGAAUUCACCCUGUAAUGACGAAGUUUCAUGUAAAUUACAGUGUACCAGAAACAAUGCAACUCAUUUUGUUCUCGCCCAAGUUUUGCUCUGUUCGUCCCUUUCCUUAAAUUCAGAAAUUCUUCUUCUUUCGAAGCCUCUCUGUUUCUUGCGUGGGACGGUCGGAGCACUGAACACCCGCGUUACGCGUGCACAUUUACCGUGAGAGCGCGAAACGGAA